AGUCCUAGACUAUACUCCGAUAUUUACCACUACUGAAAAUCUAUAAUUCAUGUUACAUAUACUAUAGAUUUUCAAUACUGGAAGUGAACAUUGGAAUGGAGCUGUAAUAUUAUUAUUGCAGCUAAUGCAUUUCAAGUUUUGUGCAACGUAAAAUAAUUUGCAAUGGCAGAAGAAAAAAGCGAAAGUCCAAGUAAUAAGCCAGAGCAGACAGAAAUUGCUGAAGAAAAAACAGAAGUAAAACCUGAUGAGAAGAGUGAAAUAAAACCAGGAUGUAGUGGUAAACAAGAUGAAUCAGGUGAAAAGGCAGGACGAAAUAAUGACAGUGGAAACUGUUACUGCGGUAAAGAGAGAAAUCCAAAUAUUGUGGAGCUGCUUUGUGCCAGCUGUUCCCGUUGGUUUCACGAGUCUUGCAUCGGGUAUCAGCUAGGUAAACUUGUUCCAUUCAUGGUGAACUACACGUUUAUAUGCAAGAACUGUUCCCAGACUGGUUUGGAAUACUACAAGAAAAACCAGGCAUCGUUCCCGCAGAUGUGUGUGAUGGCCAUCGCAAAUCUGUUGCAAAUGAGCCAGAAGAAGAACGAGCAGAGGAACUUCUUUCACAAGGACAGGGAUAUUAUACCGUUUAUCGACUGUCACUGGGAGAGCAUGACUACGAUGCCUCGCAGAGUCACUCAAUCCUGGCACGCUACGGUCCAUAGGGCGUUACUGAAAGACGUCGGGACGCUGUUCACGAUGGACGAAAGCCCUACCGAGGGUCAGGUGUUCGGUCUAGUCAGUCCUGAGUUUACGUCGAUCAAGCCGAAUUACGAGGCAAUGAUCAAAGGAGGUCAGCUUAAAGUUACAGAAAUGGGUGUACAACACGUUGUGCCACUUAGCGGAGGAUGGCGAGGUCGUAAUACUAAGCGUAAAAUACCGGGUGAGGGUACGGGCACGAGUUCCGGGAAAAAAGGAAGAGGAUCUGAUAUGGCAGCGCCCAAACUACCGGCGCAUGGAUAUCCACUGGAGCAUCCUUUCAACAAGGACGGUUAUAGGUAUAUCUUGGCGGAACCGGACCCUCAUGCACCUUUCCGACAGGAAUUUGACGAAAGCAGCGAUUGGGCUGGAAAACCUAUACCGGGAUGGCUUUACCGUGCUCUUAGUCCAAGUUCUGUACUUUUAGCGUUACAUGACCGUGCUCCGCAACUCAAGGUUUCUGAAGACAGAUUAGCGGUUACCGGCGAGAAGGGAUAUUGCAUGAUCAGAGCCACUCACUGUGUGAGCAGAGGUACUUGGUAUUGGGAGGCCACGAUUGAAGAGAUGCCGGAGGGAUCCGCCACGAGACUCGGAUGGGGACAAGAGUACGCGAAUUUACAGACUCCACUUGGUUAUGACAAAUUUGGUUACUCCUGGAGAUCACGGAAAGGUACACGGUUUCACGAGAGCAAAGGCAAACAUUACAGUGACAGUUACGGCGAAGGUGACACGUUGGGCUUUCUCAUAAUUCUCCCGGACACACACGACGCAUCGCACAUACCGAAAACUUACAAAGACCGGCCUUUGGUGAAAUUCAAGAGUCACCUUUAUUAUGAAGAGAAGGAUCAAGUGACGGAGGCUGUCAAGGCCCUGAAACCGUUAGCAGAGAGUAAGAUCGUAUUCUACAAGAACGGUAUCAACCAGGGCGAUGCCUUUUACGACAUUAACAAGGGCGCUUACUACCCCGGAGUUGCGAUUUUCAAGAGCGCAACAGUAUCUGUUAAUUUUGGGCCGAAUUUCAAGUGUCCGCCGACCAAUAUCACGUUCAGAGGUAUGCACGAAAGGGCGGAAGAGGCGAUAGCUGAGCAGUCUAUGGCAGAUAUGCUUUAUCUCAUGGAAAACGAGGGAAAAUUAAGACUGGACACUUUUUCCUUAUGACAUUAGUGUACUUUUUUAUUUUUGUCACCUUCAUUAUUCAUUUUGCAGCUGUGUUAUCGCUAAGAUAUUGAGUCGUUCGUAUUACUUCACUCCUCGUUUCCUCAAUCUGUGUAGACGUGAUUUAAACGAGAAAUAGAAUGUUACAUGCUUAAUGUUCAUGACUCUCGACAUUCACGAUUUUUUUGCUGUGACAAAGAAAUUUGCGAGACCGCGCGUUUUCCUAGAAACUUGUACAGUCCUACAGAGUACUCUAGGAACGAUUUGUUAGAAAAUUUUUGGACGGUUUAGUAAAUUUUAUAUCACACCUUUCCCGUGACCCAAUUUGUUUGCGAGUAAAUGCUGUGUUGUAAUUAAUUAAUUGCAAUACUGUGUCCGUAAAUUGUCUGUAUAACUCACGCGAAACUUUUUUAAUUUUCAAAACUUUUUAAUGAAUUUUUUUGCAAUGAAUGUCUAUUUGGAUUUAAAAAAUUUUAUAAUUUUAUGUCUUCGAAGAAUCUCGUAUUGUCAGUAUACUAACAGACUAGUGUACAAAGCUAUUAGAUGUAUAUCUAACUACAAUUGGAAAGUGAAAGUAACGAACAGGAACAGUCUGAAACGUUGGUGUAUCUGCAGCAAAAUACGCAAAUGGCAAUAUUAAAGGAAUUCUCGCGGUUUUUCUGUUGUUAUCUGUGCAUCUCUAGUUUGAUGUUCUACAAUCGAAAUUCUUCUAGGUAAAUAAUUAAUUUUUAACAACUGAUAAUUUGUCAACUUCUCGCUCUAUAUAGCUUAGUGUGGGAUAUUGAAGAACUGAUAUCAUUUAUGAUAUUCAGUUCCUUAAUUUCCAUACUAAUUUGUGAGAACACGCGAAUUAACUGUUUUAAUAUUGCCAUUUUGGUACUAGUAUACUAGAGUUUCAGGCACACAUUGCUUCGUCUUUUUCUUCUGUUAAUAUAUUAACUCGGAAUUACAUUACUUCAAAAUAAGCUCGGAGAAAAAAGUCAAGAGAAGAAUGAUGAAUCUCAUUGACAAUUCGUGUUGCAACGAUUGACAUUUCGAUUGAAAGUAAUUAUGGUCUAAUCCGCUUUUGGGGAAUUUUUCAAAAAUAUUACUUUUUCAUUUAAAAUAAAGAUUACAUUAAAAUUAACUUAUUUUCAUUCAUUUUGAAUUAAAUUAAACAAAAUUUGUCAAAAUUAAAAUUUGUUUAAAUUAAAAUUUCUCAAAAGUGCAUUAGACUAUCUGGGACAUACUACAGUAUAGUAAUUAUACAGUAUUCUUCAUCAUUACCAAAGUGUUCAAUACUUGUAAAAUGACUUUUUCAGAGAACAGUUGAAUUUUUGCUGUAAGAUAUUCGAGACAUAUGACAGAGAUACCGAAGUAUGAAAAACUUUCAACAUUUUAUACAUUAUUUGACUUUUGUACAGUUGCGAAAAACACAAUAUGCAAUGAUCUCAUUCAAUAAAUAUAGAACAUCAUCCAUAUGAAUCUCAGCACGAAA